AUGCCAGGCCCUCAAUCAGUAGCCAUCAAAUACAUGAAAAGGCUGUACAAAAUGCUGGCCACCAACGAAGGAGUUCCCAGGGCCCAUAAGAGCACAGACUACAAUACGGUCCGUCUAUUUACACCAAGGACUGAGUGCAAAGUGGGACCAAGAGAAGAGAUAAAAAUAGAUGUGAAAUCCCUGGACUUGUUGUUCAAUAUUGACAGUGUCUCUACAGUGGAGCAACCUCUUCGCUCUGUCUUGGUUUACUCUGUAGGUAAACAACAUUCCUCUUCAAAUAUUUCCUGCACCUGUAGCCUGGAGUUAGUUGAUCAAGAGACUGCAAGUCCUGUCUGUCCUAGACUUCUGUAUACAUCUGAAUUUCAACUGCAGACAAAGCAAAGAUGGAUUGAGAUUGAUGUAACCACUUUUCUUCAACCUUUUGUCUCAUAUCGGCUAAACAUUCACCUGUUGUUUAAUUUAACAUGUAUGAGGAACAAGGUUAACUACAGUUUUGGAAUAGGGGGACCAUUAAGAAAAGCAAGAUCUCCACCAUGUUUGCUCCUUUAUUUAAAUGACACCAGAAGUAUGGCUUACCACUGGGAAGAGCUGCAUAUAGGUCCUCCCGGCUGGCAACAGAGUGGGCAUAUGAUUUCAAAUCUCAUUGAUUUAGCAGAAAACCUCCAAAUGCAUAAAGUCCUUCGCCAACGAAGAGGUCAAGACACGGAUGUGGGCAGUCCAACUGUUGGGUCAAUUGCAUUUAAUUUUAGUGAGAUGGCCAAACAAUUUGUGCAUCAUCAGAAUGAGUGUGAGCUUCAUAGAUUUCGACUCAGUUUCAGCCAACUGAACUGGGACAAAUGGAUCUUGGCACCACAUCGAUAUAGCCCGGAUUACUGCAAAGGAGUAUGCCCUAGGGUUCUUGGCCACAGGUACGGUUUCUCCAGUACAUACUAUGGUUCAAAAUAUAAUUUAUGA